UACAGCUUUGCCUUUUUUCGAAACGGCCCCUUUGUGCCGUCCACUCCACGCUCCUUCUCCCUCGCCACGAGACUCAGCAUUGCCAAGGCCACUCCCGGAGAUGUCGCGACAAUCGACCUUUCUAUAAUGCUUGAGGACGGCACUGCCAUGCCGGCUGAUUUUGAUACAGGGUCACAGGUACGCUUUCGCCUCGGUCGUGGAGGACUGCCUCCUUACGUGCAUGCCGCCGUGGAAGGAAUGCACGUCCAAGAAAGAAGAACACGGUCAGUGCCACCGGACGAGGCCUACGGGCCUUACUAUCCGGAGCUGGCCGCUGAUAUCCCUGCGGAGAACACCCCUCCAGGGAUGAAAGUGGGCGAUAAGGUCAAACUCACCAACGGCUUGACAGCCCGGGUCACCCGGCACGACCCCGCCCAAGGACUUUUCAGCCUCGACGGCAACCACCCUUUCGCCGGGCGCACCCUCUCGCUCUCCCUGCUCCUCCACGACCUGAUGCCCGCGGACAGCCCCUGCUUUGCGACGGUGCAUCUGGCAGCCGGGUGCUUCUGGGGUCUGGAGUUAGCCUUCCAGCGGCUCCCAGGGGUGGUCGCCACGGCGGCAGGGUACACGCAAGGAGGCAAUGAAGGGGAGGGGGAGGAACGGCGGGCGCCGACGUACAGCGAGGUGUGCAGCGGGCGCACGGGCUAUGUGGAGGCGGUGGAGGUGCUAUUCGAUGAGGGAGUGGUCUCUUUCGAGAAGAUCUUGGAGGUCUUUUGGAACCGUCAUGACCCCACCCAGCUCAACGGCCAAGGCAACGAUCUCGGUUGGAAGCAUCGGGACUUUACGACAAAGCUAUUGUGACGGAAAUUUUGCCAGCCGACAUUUUCUAUACGGCCGAG